GGAAAGGACAGCUUCCAACCCCCUUGAAGAACCCACAGACCCACUAGACCCUCCCGCGUCUCCUUUCUUCAUUGACAGCAGCUCUCCCAGGGUACCCAGGGACUUCCGGAGCGCUACCGGAACCGGAAGCAUCGGGACUUAGGGGGGUGGGGCUGAAAAAUCAAAAAAAGCGCCGCGAAAGUUGGAGGCCGGUGUCUGCAGGGUGGUAGUGGCCCCCAGGUGGGGUUGUGGCGAGUGCCAAUGGACUCCACCGCCUGCCUGAAGUCCUUGCUCCUGACCAUCAGUCAGUAUAAAGCCGUUAAGUCGGAGGCGAAUGCCACCCAGCUUUUGCGGCACUUGGAGGUAAUUUCUGGGCAGAAGCUCACACGAUUGUUUACACCAAAUCAGAUACUACCAAGUGAAUGCUUGAGCUGCCUUGUGGAGCUACUUGAAGACCCAAGCAUAAGUGCACCACUGGUCUUAAGUAUCAUCAGCUUGCUGUCUCAACUAGCUGUAGACAAUGAAACCAGAGACUGUCUUCAGAACACAUACAACCUGAAUAGCGUGCUGGCAGGAAUGGUUUGUCGGGGCAGCACUUGCCAUGGUGAUUCAGUGUUUUUGCAGUGCAUUCAACUUCUACAAAGAUUAACAUAUAACAUCAAAAUUCUCCAUUCUGGUGCCAAUAUAGAUGAGUUAAUUACAUUCCUGAUAGAUCAUAUUCAGUCUCCUGAAGAUGAGUUAACAAUGCCUUGUCUAGGAUUAUUGGCAAAUCUUUGUCGACACAAUCUUUCUGUUCAAACAUACAUAAAGACUUUGAAUAAUGUGAAAUCUUUUUAUCGAACUCUUAUAAGCUUCCUGGCCCAUAGUAGUUUAACUGUGGUUGUGUUUGCACUUUCAAUAUUGUCCAGUUUGACAUUAAAUGAAGAGGUUGGGGAAAAGCUGUUCCAUGCUCGAAACAUUCAUCAGACAUUUCAGCUAAUAUUUAAUAUUCUCAUAAACGGUGAUGGCACACUUACUAGGAAGUAUUCAGUUGAUCUAUUGAUGGAUCUCCUUAAGAAUCCCAAAAUUGCUGAUUAUCUUACCAGGUAUGAGCACUUUUCUUCAUGUCUCAAUCAAGUAUUAGGUCUUCUUAAUGGAAAGGAUCCUGAUUCUUCUUCAAAGGUUUUAGAAUUACUUCUUGCCUUCUGUUCAGUGACUCAGCUGCGCCAUGUGCUCACUCAGAUGAUAUUUGAGCAGUCUCCAUCUGGCAACACCAUUCUGGGAAGCCGUUCUAAAUGUUUAGAUCCUACUGUGGCUCUACUUCGUUGGUCAAGCCAACCUCUGGAUGGAUCAGAAAACUGUUCUAUUUUAGCUUUGGACUUGUUCAAGGAAAUAUUUGAGGAUGUUGUAGAUACUGCUAACUGCUCCUCAGCUGACCGAUUUGUGACCCUUCUACUGCCUACAAUCCUUGAUCAACUUCAAUUCACAGAACAAAAUCUAAAUGAAGCUUUACUAAGAAAAAAAUGCGAAAGGAUGGUCAAGGCCACUGAAGUUUUGUUAACUCUGUGUGGAGAUGAUACUCUAAAAAUGCAUGUUGCAAAAAUUCUGACUACUGUCAAAUGUACCACUCUGAUAGAACAACAAUUUACAUAUGGCAAGAUUGAUCUGGGGUUUGGAACAAAGGUAGCAGAUUCUGAUUUGUGCAAACUUGCUGCUGAUGUAGUUUUGAAAACUCUUGAUUUGAUGAACAAGCUUAAACCAUUGGUUCCUGGCAUGGAAGUAAGCUUCUACAAAAUCCUGCAGGAUCCACGCCUGAUUACACCCUUGGCUUUUGCUUUAACAUCAGAUAAUAGAGAACAAGUACAGUGUGGAUUGGGAAUACUAUUGGAAGCUGCUCCACUGCCAGAUUUUCCUGCCUUAGUACUUGGAGAAAGCAUAGCAGCAAACAAUGCCUAUAGACAACAGGAAACAGAACACAUGCCCAGGAGAAUGCCCUUGCAAUCAUUAAAUCACAGUGUUCCAAGAUCGGUAAAAUGUUUAACUCCUCCACUUUUGAAAGCUAGAGUUUCUGGAUUGAACAUUGAGGAAUUAAUAGAGAAACUACAGGCUGGAAUGGUGGUAAAGGAUCAGAUUAAUGAUGUGAGAAUAUCUGACAUAAUGGAUGUAUACGAAAUGAAACUGUCCACAUUAGCUUCCAAAGAAAGUAGGCUACAAGAUCUUUUGGAAGCAAAAGCUCUAGCCUUGGCCCAGGCUGAUCGGCUGAUUGCUCAGUACCGCUGCCAAAGAACUCAAGCUGAGACCGAGGCACGGACACUUGCUGGUAUGUUGAGAGAAGUUGAGAGAAAAAAUGAAGAGCUUGGUGUGUUGCUGAAGGCACAACAGGUUGAAUCAGAAAGAGCCCAGAGUGAUAUUGAGCAUCUCUUCCAACAUAAUAGAAAAUUAGAGUCUGUGGCUGAAGAACAUGAAAUACUCACAAAAUCCUACAUGGAACUUGUUCAGAGGAAUGAAACCGCCGAAAAGAAGAAUAAAGAUUUACAGAUCACAUGUGAUUCUCUAAAUAAACAAAUUGAGACAGUGAAAAAGUUGAAUGAGUCAUUCAAGCAACAAAAUGAAAAGACUAUUGCCCAAUUAAUAGAGAAAGAAGAACAGAGAAAAGAAGUACAGAACCAACUAGUAGACAGAGAAUGUAAGCUAGCAAAUAUGCAACAAAAAACAAAAGUACAAGAAGAAAAGAUUAAAGUUUUGCAAAAAGAAAGGGAAGAUAAGGAAGAAACCAUUGAUAUCCUUAGAAAAGAAUUAAACAGAACAGAACAGAUAAGAAAAGAAUUGAGCAUUAAGGCUUCCUCCCUAGAGGUUCAAAAGGCCCAAUUAGAAGGUCGUUUGGAAGAGAAGGAGUCGCUGGUGAAACUUCAGCAAGAGGAGUUGAACAAACACUCUCAUAUGAUCGCAAUGAUCCACAGUUUAAGUGGUGGGAAAAUAAGUCCAGAAACUGUGAAUCUCAGCAUAUAGAAGUUAUGUAUUUAUCUUCCUGGGGAGGUGUGGUAGAGAAGGUAAUUUGUGACCCCAGAACAGUAGUAGAUUAUUGUCUAAUUAUUAAUUUAGUAAAGAACGUGAUCUGAUAAAUAUU